CAAGCUACUUAUUGACUCGGCUCGAUUAUAUGCUGUGGUGUAGUAACUGUGCAUAACUCGGCAACUUCUAAUAUUCUAAUGUGAAAAUCAUCAUGUUCAUGAGAUUGUCUUCCCUUGGAGAGUUGGCAUCUUUGAGUUUCCAUUGAAGACCAGUGUGUUUUCUCUUGAUGUCCCAACAUCCUAUUUGCCAUGCAUGGAACAGAUCAACAAGACCGACGCAAAGUGAAAAUAAAGAAGAAAAACUUGUAUAGGCCCUCCCUCUUACCUACUUGUUUAUUGCGCUCCAGACUUUAGUUACAGAUAUUUAUAGAUCGCCUUUUCCUUUUCCUGACCCACUUCUUCGCAGUGUUAGUUUCUCUUGGCGUAUGAAAAAAGAGAUGUGUGGUCAAGAAGCGUUUAUUUCACCAUAACGUCCCAGCCUCCGCCCGCGUUUUUCUAUUUUCCUAGUACCGUCGCAUCCAUCAGGAACGAAGAACAUCAGGACACAGGAAGAUGCAGCGCAUCGCCUCGUUUCUCCCGACCACGGGGCGCAACUUUUUUCCGAAGACGGGCAAGCGCGUGUGCGUUAUCGGGGCGGGUGGUUCUGGGAUGCUGGUGGCCGAGCGGUUGCGGCACCUGUUUGACGUGACCGUGGUGGACCCCAAGAGCUACUACGAGUUUUCCCCCGGCCUGCCUCGCGCACUGGCGCAGCCGGUGCAGACGCACAAGCGGCUGACAUUCGACUAUCGGGAGAUUCUGGAGGCUAUCACAUGCAAAUGUGUCUGGGCCUGGAAAGUUCGAACUUGUAAUGUCGGUCUUGCGUUUUUGGUUUUUCCGGAAUAUCUGUAUACACAUGUUGACCAACAAGAGAAGCCGCAGCCUCUUUUGUCAUGCAAAAACGCAGCUUCUCGUACCGUAGGGGCUGCGCAUGAGAAAUCGUUCUGGAAGCUUGUCAUGCUUCGCUGCAUUCGGAAGUGGUUCCAUCACCCACACUUUAGCAUCUUCGCAAGUUUCCAGACUGAGACAACAUAUUUGCAAUCCAUAAAGGACCGUCUGGGUGUCGAAUUCGUGCAGGGCUACGUCACCGAGCUCGUGGACCAUAUCACAGAGAAAAAAGUUGGCAGGGAUACGGAAUUUCUUACUUUGUAAUACAAAAAUGAAUACUAAAUACAUACAGAAAUUGAAAAAUCUUUGUGGCGUAGCACUAUCCUAAGCGGCAUCAGCAUGUGCAAGCUAUAGGCUCACCCAUGACAGAUUUGUGUGAUAAUUAUUUUUUGCAUUACAUUCCCUGCAUGUCGCCUGCCUGCUUUUUUCUGCAUGAUACACCACGUUACGUACAAGCAGAAAACCGCGGCGGUAUCUUCUUCCUCCACCGCGCCAAGUGGGGGGCAUUGCAGCAUCGCCCCCGCCGCCGACGGGACGAGCGGAGCAGGAACCACGCGCGAGCUAGAUUUCGAUUACUGCGUGAUUUGCGCGGGCAUCCAGAACGGCAUCUGGAAACAGAACUUCUCCACGCUCGGCGAGCGGCUCGACAGCCUCCGCCAAAAUAUCGAAAUGAAAAAUCCCCCCUCCUCAUACGCAAAGGGAGGUUUGUCUAGCAUGAUUUGUGAUCACAAAUCGCGUUGUCAUGCUAGAAGGGAAUACUAGAUGCGGAUUGUAGGGCUGGCUGGCGUGGGAAAGCCUUGCGUCUUCAACAUGACGGGAAGCAACAGGAAACGGGAAACAGCAUGCCAAAUUGCCUGCAAAGGAGGGAGCAACUGCGACUCCUGGCCUUCUAGCAAUACAAGUCGCUUUGUGUACUCAAAUACAGCAACACAAACUUCGUUGUCGAUAUGGGGAGGGGGGAUUUUUCCUCACAAUACAAAAAAGCAGCGAGCUUGUGGCGACGAAGGACCUAUCAAAUGCAAAAAUGUCUGGGUCUGGAAACUUGUGAUGCUGGGUGGCGUAUCACAAAGACGCCACAAAUGCUGGCUCAGCAUGACAAGUUUCUGAGCUUCUAGGUGUUGCCUAUUCUGCAUGACAAACUGCGUUUCUGCAUGACAGAAAAAUGGGGCUCUUGGGUAAUGCGCAUGACAAAUUUAAGAGUCAUGCGAGACAAGCAUCACAAAUUUGCAUUCUUCCAGACCCAGACAUUUUUGCACUUGAUAGAACCCAAUUUACAUCAUCGGCGGGGGGCUCGUCGGCACCGAAGUUGCCGCCGAAAUCGCUCACUACUGGCGAAAACCAAUGCGGCUGUACGACGGCAAUCCACGGCUCUUGCUCCAACUGCCUCUGGAAGCCAGCACAUACGCGCAGCAAUGGUAAGAAUUUAGAUAAAUUGUCGAUUUCUGCCUUUUCUUGUAUAUGUGUCUGUUUCAUCAAGCAAUUUUAUAUGUACGUUGUGUCUUUGCACCUGAGUAUGUUGCGUUCUUUGUGGUCUUGACUAUACCGAACAGCAGCUGCCGCUUAUCGGUUUUGCAAGGGUUGUACUAGUUUGUUGCGAUGGAACAAUCAGGUUCUUCCUUUCAAACUUAAAACUACUCUCUGUCUGGGAAGAUAUUACAUCGAUGAAAUUUGCGUAGGUUGGAAAAGCGGCAAUGUCGGUUGCAUUUGGGCGAAGGAUUUCCCGACUUUCAAGCAAGAAAGGACGAUGCCAAUGUCGUGUCUUGCGUAGGCGUGAAACCACAAAACCACUUUCUCACCGCGACCCACCUCGACGACCGUGGGUUCGUCAAAGUCAACCGUCGUCUCCAAGUGAUGCGCACCAAGACGCCCAGUUCUGUGGCAGCGCCGCGGACAACAUCUACUUCCACAGGUCGUGCAGAUUCGUCCGCAUCAGACGGACCAGAAAAUCUUCAGAGUGCAGCUGAACAAGAUGAGGCAACCGCGUCUAGUACUUCUACAACGGCAGCCGAGCAGUCAGGAUCUGCUUCUAGCUCGGACUCAGGACCACCUCCCGGGGAAGAUGCGGCCUCGACCUCCAGCUCGCGUGUGGCGGAGGUUUCCUCGGUCAGCGGUUGGUACGCGUGCGGCGACUGCGUAGCACUGGAGGGGGUGCCAAAAACCUACUUCGCCGCGGAGGAGAUGGCUUCGCUUGUGGUCGCAAAUAUCGAGCGCCAGGAGGGCUUUGCGCCCGACAUUCUGUCCAUGUCCACGGGUAGUUUGGAUACCUCCUCGGGGGAUCGCCGCACGAGUCGAGACUUUUCAUCUGACAUGUCGUCCGCAACUUCCUCGGAAGACGGGUAUCUCCCGGACGACUUGGCCUACCCCUUCUGCAUCUCCUUGGGCCCCACCGACGGAAUUUUCGCCAGCGUACCCAGCGCCGGAUCCGCGGGCGCAGUGCUUCUCGAGGGCCGUCCGGCCGCGCUGCAGAAGCAGAUGAUCGAAGAUACGAAGCUGCUGGCUUUGAAAGACGAUUCGUUCUACGCAAAAGCCCUCUGGGCCGCGGUUCAUUAGAGCUGUUUUUCAGACGCGCCGCAAGAAGAACUGCAUCACGCUGUCUUUGCUACUUCGAUGGCAUUCGCAAGAAAAAACGAACUUAAAAAACUAUGCACGCGCGCACAGUGUUAAAUGUACGUCUUCAUCGCUUCACAAGAUCACGUGGCUUUUUGAGAACGUCUAUACGCAGCACUAUCGCAAAAUGGGUGUGCUGUCAUAGUACCCAUACUACUGCACCACACGCCACGGUGCUGCAGUCUGCUAAGUAACC